AUGAAAAGACUAUUGAAUUACUUUCGGAUCAAUGACUCGAUUGGGUCUCAAUUGAGGACAACUUGUCGUCACACGAGUUGGUUAUCGUCAGUGAAGAGCAAACAGAUGGCCGAAAGCGGACCCAAACAGCAAUUGUAUGACUACUUUCUGGUGUUGGACUUCGAGGCCACGUGUGAUAAACCGAAACAAUUGGAUCCGAUGGAAAUCAUUGAGUUUCCAGUCGUCAAAGUGAACGCAAAGACCUUUGAGUCCGAAGAAGUGUUUCACCGAUACGUCCGACCCAUACAUCACCCGAAGUUAACCCCAUUUUGCUGUCAAUUGACCGGAAUUAUCGACGAUAUGGUCGCCGAUGAGAAGCGCUUCGAUGUCGUGUUGAAUGACUUCAACCAAUGGCUGCAUUCCGUUGGACUCAUUUGCGGCGAUUAUCAGCGGUGUCUGAAGAAGUUCACGUUUGUCACGUGCGGUGAAUGGGAUCUUCAGCUAAUGCUUCCCAAUCAGUGUCAACUCUUGAAUCUGAGGAUUCCGUUGUAUUUGAGGACUUGGGUUAACGUGAAGAAGUCGUACGCCGAGUGGUCCGGCGUUUGGCCCAAAAGUAUGAGUUUUAUGUUAGAAGAGCUUAAAAUCAAACCCAAAGGCAGACUUCACUCCGGUAUCGACGACUGCCAUAAUAUCGUUCACAUUAUGAAAACGUUGGCUCAAAGAGGAGUUGUCUUCAAGAAUACCAGUUCUGAGUGGUAG